AUGGCCGAAGAUCCCAACACAAACAGACGACCGGUCUCCCCCUCACCACCCCCCCCAGCGCCCGUGGCUCUAACGCCCGGCCCACGCGCCGCGAAACUACAAGAAAUCUUCGACAAGGCGCUGGUCCGGACCCUGCGCGCCAACUCCUACGCCAAUUUCUCCGGCUGUUUUCCGACGCCGGCGAAAUAUGUCCCCGCCAGCCUGGAGAGUGUGUGGAGACAGUUGAAUGCGAAGUUGGAGGAGAGUGCGAAGGCUGAGUUUGAGGAUAUUUUGGCCGAGAGGGAUGCUGUUAGGCAGUUGAAUGAGUUGGAUCGGUUGGUGGGGGAGGCCAGGUAUAGGAAGGAACGCGGGGAAGGGGAGGAGAGUGUUGCACCGCAUACGUUGAGUCCCGAGGAGUUGUACCGAGCGCAUCUUUUGCCGCACUUGAUGGAGACGCAGUCGGAUUUGGCCGCCAAGAUUGAUUCGGUUCAGACGGAGAAUGUCGAGUUGGCUGGAAAAGUACAAGCGCAGAGGUUGGAGAUUGAGAGCUUGUUGUCGGGGCUGGAGGCGAUGGUCGCGGACUUAGAGGGUGCUGCUGCCGCGGCGACGCAGUUUACAAGUGAAAAUCACCUUCGCCAGGAGGCUGCGCAGAUGGAUGGUGAGGUUAAGGCUAGGUCCGAAAUGUGA